AUGUUGAUCAUCGCGCGAGCAAUAGCGGGCCUAGGGUCAGCCGGACUGAAUAGUGGGGCCUUAACUAUACUUUCAGCUUCGGUUCCUUUACAAAAGUCCCCGGUCUCUCAACUCGGCCAUGUCAUUGGUCCCCUACUUGGCGGUGCAUUGACGGAGUAUACAACUUGGAGAUGGUGCUUUUAUAUUAAUCUUCCUAUUGGUGUUAUUGCUGUUUUACUUACGGUCUUCAUUCAUAUACCCGACCAUGCUACCAAGGUACCACGCAAAUCGGCAGCCCAGACCAUUUUCCACAUGCUUGAUCUCGUUGGUUUUGCUCUAUUUGCUGCAGCUUCCAUUCAACUUCUCCUUGCACUUGAUUACGGUGGAAGCAAAUAUAGCUGGAGUAGUGCGACUGUCGUCGGGCUUUUCUGCGGCGCUGGCGGUGCAUUCAUCACUUUCCUACUCUGGGAGCAUCACAAAGGAGAUAGCGCUAUGAUUCCUCUGUCGAUGGUCUCCAAGCGGAUUGUUUGGUCAAGCUGUCUAAUGUUAAUGAGCCUCUUUGGCAUGACUAUCUCUGAGUCAUAUUAUCUUCCAAUUUACUUCCAGGCUAUCAGGGAUAACUCUCCCUUGAUGAGCGGAGUGUAUAUGCUGCCUAGUAUCCUGUCACAAUUGGUGUUUGCAAUCUUGUCCGGAGUAUCAAUUGAAAAACUUGGAUACUAUUGGCCAUGGGGAAUUUUCAGUGCAGUGGUUACCUCUAUCGGCAAUGGUUUGAUGUCGACCUGGAAGCCAGACACACCCACCGCGAAAUGGGUCGGAGAACAGAUCUUAGUUGGGGUUGGCAGAGGUGCAGGCUUUCAAUUGCCUAUCAUCGCAGUCCAAAAUACACUCCCGCCUAGCCAAAUACCAGUUGCAAUGGCUGUUCUCAUGUUUUCUCAAACACUUUCAGGUGCGGUGUGGCUUACAAUUGCGGAUUCAAUUUUCUCAAGUGGGCUCAAGACUUUGGUGUCCAAAUACGCGCCUGAUGUGAAUCCUAAAACGAUUAUCGACAGCGGCGCGGGUGGCAUUCGGAACGUCGUAUCAGGUCAAGAUCUGAUUGGCGUUUUAAAAGCUUAUUCUGAAAGCAUGAAUCAAGUCUUUUACAUGACCGCUGCGCUUGGGGGAUGCUGUAUUCUGUUUGUUCCUGGGAUGGGAUGGAAAGAUAUUCGGAACAAGGCCUCUUCCCCAGGACAAGCUUAG